GCUGAGUUUGUGUAGCAACUGCAAUACCUGGCAACAGCAGCUGGAGUUCAGUCACAACACCAGCGCGGCCUGAGUGAGCCGGAGCUUCUGUUCCCCACCGCUGGAGCCCUUGGGUUAGAAUCGCAGAUAUUUUUAUUAUUAAUAAAGCUCGGAAUAUUAAUUGAGUCGGCUGUGUGUGCGCUGGGUUGUGUGGCCGGCCGGCUGAGGAGCGCUGAUCCGGGGCGCAGCGGUAAACAUGCCCGUGUGUGUGAGUAAAGCGUGCCGGAGUCUGGCUCUCUCCACCUGGCUGCUCUCCUUCUGUUUCGUGCACUUGCUGUGUCUGGACUUCACCGUGGCGGAGAAGGAGGAGUGGUACACCGCGUUCGUGAACAUCAGCUACCAGGACCCGGCCACCGCCGAGCUGAAGACGGAGAAGACCGAGAGCGGCCGCUACGGCGAGCACUCGCCCAAGAGGGAGGCCCGGGGCCCGGUGUUCAUCCCGCUGGCCGGCCACGACCGCCAGGCCUGCGACUCCGGCACCAGGUUCCCCUCACCUCAGCCUGCACACGGGCCCUGGAUCGCGCUCAUCGCCAGAGGCAACUGCACCUACAGGGAGAAAAUCCGGCACGCAGCCGCUCUCAACGCGUCCGCUGUGGUCAUCUACAACACGGGCUCCAGUAACCCCAAUGAAACCAUCACCAUGCCUCAUCCAGGAACAGGAGACGUUGUGGCCGUCAUGAUCACAGAACCAAAAGGGCGAGAGAUCGUUGCCUUGCUGGAGAAGAACGUAAGCGUGAUCAUGCACGUCACCAUCGGCACGCGCAACCUGCAGAAGUACGUGAGCCGAACCUCUGUCGUGUUUGUCUCCAUCUCCUUCAUCGUGCUCAUGAUCAUCUCUCUGGCAUGGCUCAUUUUCUACUAUAUCCAGCGGUUCCGCUAUGCCAACGCACGCGAUCGUAACCAGAGGCGACUGGGAGAUGCUGCAAAGAAAGCCAUAAGCAAGCUCCAAGUCCGCACCAUCAAGAAAGGAGACAAGGAAACAGAGUCCGAGUUUGACAACUGCGCUGUAUGCAUCGAGGGCUACAAGGCCAAUGACGUCGUAAGGAUAUUGCCGUGUCGACAUGUGUUUCAUAAGAACUGCGUGGACCCCUGGCUGCAGGACCACAGAACCUGUCCAAUGUGCAAGAUGAACAUCCUUAAAGCGCUGGGCAUCCCGGUGAAUGCAGACUGCUCUGACGACGUCCCUCCUGACUACGAGCUAUCCGUCAGCGGCCCUCCAACCAACCCUGUGACCGGGGGCAGUGACAUGACCAUGAGUGAAAGCUCCAUGGCGCUGGAUCGCUUGCCACACCUUCACCAUGAGCCCGAGUCUCUCACACAGCUCGAAGUGGGCCCCCGCAUCGCCAGUAGUGAGCACCAGCCUCCUCUGAGCAGCGACUCGGACACAUCACUCAUCCUGCCGGUGGAAGUUAGCCUGUCCGACAUCGAGCUUUCUACUGAAGCUGAGCAAGAAGAAGCCAAGUCCUGAGUCACACAGCCUGGCUGCUACAAAGGCACAGUUUUCGAGGGGGCUCCUAUGGAGCUAAAUAUGUACCAGGACCAGGAUUGGGGGGGGUUAAAAAAAAAAAAAGAUAGGAGGAGGAAAAAGAACAUAAGCAAUACUUUCUCCCAUACGGCCACACUGAGUCCCAAAAAAAGGUCUUCUCGCGCUCUCUGGUCACACCAGGUCGGUCUUGAUGUCUCUUCUUUUUUAAUUUUGCAUUGCGACAGUGGAAUAAGCACACAGCGAGCUUCAAGAUGCCAGAUUUGACUGCUCGGAAAGUCUGCCUUUGAAUUUCGUGUGGGAUCACUGCCAAUAUAUACAUAUAUUCCAGAGUGGAUAUAUAUAUACACAUGCACACAUACAUACACACACAAACAAACAAACAAAAGUAUGUAUCGCUGUGACCAGCCUACUGCAUUUUGUUUCUAAAGCAGUCAGAGUGCAGUCCAACUGAAAAGGAGAAAAAAAAAAGUCAUAUCAUGUCUCAAGUGUCCGCUUGAGAAGUUACCAGUGCUAGCAUUUUUUCAAAUCCAUCUGCGUCAAAUAACGAUUUUGCCAUCCGAAUGGUGCGUUUUGAGAAAUCCCCAAGCACGCCCAUCAUCAAGAGAUUGAGAUACGAGUGAGAGACGUGGAUUAUUCCAGAAACGUCUCAUUUACUUUGCUUAUCAUUUGAGAAUGUUGGGUUGUUGUUUUUUUAGCUUAAACAAACUUUGCUUCCUAAACAUAUGAUUUUUCUGUCCGCUUUCUCCUUAAGAAAUGUGAACUUGGCUUGUAAGGAUAGUCUUCUGAAGUGUCACUUGAGCUCAUGAAGCUAAGUUUUCCUCACAUUCAUCCUGUCAUGCCAUUAGUUAGUGUGAGGAUGAGCAGCAGUCACAUCGAAUCUGAUGUUUCCUUCUUUUAUAACACAUCUAAGGAUUUCAGUACAAGCUCUAGACCGAGCUCUAGACCAAGUCUUGUUGUCUUCUGCUUCUUUCCAAAGCACUAAGUCGCCCUUCCUCAUCACAGAGGUCAGCUUCAAGCCCUUGGCCAAAUAUAUUCCAUUACAUUACAAGCAUUUAGCAGACGCUCUUAUCCAGAGCGAUGUACAGCAUACCCGCAGCAGCCUGGGGAGCAGUUGGGGAUUAAGUGCCUUGCUCAAGGGCACUUCAGCCAUUCCUGCUGGUCUAGGGAAUUGAAUCUUUUGGUCCCAAAUCUGCUUCUCUAACCAUUAGGCCAUGGCUUCCACCAUGUAUGCCCCAUAUUUCCCAUUCUCAUGAAUGCAAUAUUUCAAGAAUGCCUUUAGGGACUUUCUUCAAAUUUGGUAGAAAUGUUCAAUUGGACUCAAAGAUGAGCUAAUUAGAUGUUGGUGAUGGUCAAAGUCCAAGGUGCCUUGUUCAAGGGCAUUUCAGCCAUUCCCAUUCCUCCUGGUACAGGGAAUUGAACCAUUGACCUUUUGGUCCCAAAGCAGCUUCUCUAACCAUUAGGCCAUGGCUUUUGCCAUGUAUGUCCCAUAUUUCCCAUUCUCAUGAAUGCAAUAUUUCAAGAACACCUUGAGGGACUUUCUUUAAAUUUGGUGGAAACAUUCAAUUGGGCCCAAAGAUGAGCUGAUUAGAUGUUGGUGGUGGUCAGAGGUCAAGAUGCCUUGCUCAAAGGCACUUCACCCAUUCUUGCUGAUCUAGGGAAUCAAACCUUUUGAUCCCAAAUCUGCUUCUCUAACCAUUAGGCAAUGGCUUCCACCAUGUUUGUCCCAUAUUUCCCAUUCUUAUGAAUGCAGUAUUUCAAGAACCCCUUGAGGGAAUUUCUUUAAAUUUGGUAGAAAUAUUCGGUUGGACUCAGAGAUGAGCUGAUUAGAUGUUGGUGGUCAAAGGUCAAGGUACCUUGCUCAAGGGCACUUCAGCCAUUCCUACUGGUCCAGGGAAUUGAACCAGCGACCUUUUGGUCCCAAAGUUGCUUCUCUAGCCAUUAGUCCAUGGCUUCUGCCAUGUUUGUCCUGCAUGUACCAUUCUUCAUGAAUGCAAUAUUUCAAGAAUGCCUUGAACGGAAUUUCUUAAAAUUUAGUAGAAAUGUUCAAUUGGACUCAAAAAUGAACUGAUUAGAUGUUGGUGGUCAAAGGUCAAGGUGCCUUGCUCAAGGGCAUUUCAGCCAUUCCUCCUGAUCUAGGGAAUCAAACCUUUUGAUCCCAAAUCUGCUUCUCUAACCAUUAGGCCAUGGCUUCCAGCAUGUUUGUCCCAUAUGUCCCAUUCUCAUGAAUGCAAUAUUUCAAGAAUGCCUUGAGGGAAUUUCUUUAAAUUUGGUAGAAAUGUUCAAUUGGACUCAAAGAUAAGCUGAUUAGAUGUUGGUGGUCAGAGGUCAGGGUGCCUUGCUCAAGGGCACUUCAGCCAUUCCUCCUGGUCCAUGGAAUCGAACCAGCAACCUUUUGGUCCCAAAGCUGCUUCUCUAACCUUUAGGCCAUGGUUUCCCAUUCCAUUCAUAACUUUUUGAUACACAAGAGCGUCAGCAGUUUGCUCUUUUACAGCAUGAAAAGGUCUGAAUAGAAUUGUCGUCGAUUAACGUCAUGAAGUCAUUUUUUAUCGCACAUUGCCUACAGGAGAGCAGAAGUCUAAUGAACGACGUUUAUUUUAAUAUCAAAGUUUUAUUUUUCUAAAAAGAAAACAAAGAAAUGAACAGGCCCUGUUUACAGUCAGUAAGACAUUCGGUGAAAUGGAGACAUCAUCGGUCUUACGUUUUUUGCUUCAAUUUCAUUUCAUCAUCCAAAGAUAACAUUACGAAAUGCCCAUGUGUCACUAUGUCUUUCUCCUUCUCCAUGGCUGGUCUUUUAAUCAACCUUUAUUCCAGCAUUCAGGACAAUUAGUGUGCCAGGGUACGUUUAUUUUUGAAUAAUCUUCAACACUAAGCUCACUCUUUCAGCAAUCCCUGAUGCACAUCAGUGUUUUUAUGACCCUGACAAAACGAGUGUUCCCUUUUUUUCUAGCUUGUCACCGCUUUUUGUGUGCCAUUAUGUGUCUUUUCCACACUGGCUUUCAAACCACAAUGCAUAUGACUGACUGUAACCUUCAUGUUUUUAUUUUACUCAGUAAGUGCUGAAAGGACUGUGCUCAGAGGAGCUGUGUGCUGGCGGUGGGAACUUAGGAACCUCUGAGAAGUUGCCCAUAUAACAAGAAAUUCAAUCAAACUUGUUUGUUUAUUUAUGUAUUUAUUUAUUUACAUUGUGGUGUAAAACUACUUUUAGUAUUUGAGAGACUAUAUAUGUAUAGCGUUAAACAGCACUGCAAAACAUUGGCCGAGAGUGACGUCACGGUCACUGAAACAGCUGCUGGAAAUGAAAUGCGGCGACACUGAAUUCAAUUUAUCUCAGAAACGGGAAGUUCGGACUUGUAAUUGUGUCAUUUUUGACAUCUCUGCAUUCGAGUUGCAAAGAAGACAAAAAAUGGUACUCUGUGAGCAGCCAUGUUGAUUCGAUGUCACUUGCUUAAAUUGGAAGUUGAGGAGACCAUCAUCCUGCAUUCUCAUCUCAUUAUCUCUAGCCGCUUUAUCCUUCUACAGGGUCGCAGGCAAGCUGGAGCCCAUCCCAGCUGACUACGGGCGAAAGGCGGGGUACACCCUGGACAAGUCGCCAGGUCAUCACAGGGCUGACACAUAGACACAGACAACCAUUCACACCUACGGUCAAUUUAGAGUCACCAGUUAACCUAACCUGCAUGUCUUUGGACUGUGGGGGAAACCGGAGCACCCGGAGGAAACCCACGUGGACACGGGGAGAACAUGCAAACUUCGCACAGAAAGGCCCUCGCCGGCCACGGGGCUUGAACCCGGACCUUCAUGUUGUGAGGCGACAGCGCUAACCACUACACCACCGUGCUGCCCCAUCCUGCGUUCCAAAGAAGGAAUUUCCUAUUUGAGCUGGCGUGUUCUUUCUUGUUUUUUUCUGGGCUGAGAUCAAAAAUUACAAGUUAAGGCCUGUCUUUUGGAAACAAAUAUCAGUCUUCAGGUUAAUCAGAUGAUUCAUGAUUCACUUGUAAUAAAUGUCAAGGUGAUUUUUCUUUUUUGGAUUCUGCAGAAUUUGGUGCAAUUGCACCAAGAACAAUCAUAGGAAAAAGACUUAGAAUGGUCUGAAGAAGCAAUGCUGGGGCUGAUUUCUUUCUAGCCCAGAGUGUAGCCUCUCAGUGACAGUCGUAUCAGAUGAUUACACAGAAUAAAACAGGUUCUAGACUUGAUCUCUGUUUGCGCUUAUAUAUUUCAUACAUUGCAUUAACGGCCUUUAGCAGACGCCCUGAUACAGAGCAGGUGCCUUGCUGAAGGGCACUUCAGUCAUUCCUGGUGGUCUAGGGACUCAAACCAGUGACCUUUUGUUCCCAAAGCUGCUUCUCUAAACACACAUUGUCCAGCCAAAGUACAAAUUAGAAAAUAAAUGACAAGCCAGAGAACUGUGUGUUUUAUUCGGGUUGUUCUAUUUUGCGUUUUCAGGUUGUCCAUGCGUCCAUCCCAGGUGCUCAUUAGUGCCGUAUCUCAAACAUGUUUGUAGAAUGUGUAUAGAUUGAUCACUGUAACCAGCAAAUGAACUGAUCUUAUUUUUGAAUUGAUCCAAACAGGGUCAAGAUCACAGCAAGGUCAAAUGUCUUCAAUAGUUAUUCUGCAAUAGCUUCGUCCCUUUUUUUAUAUUUUCAUGCAUACACGUUAGUAUAUGAGGCGACGUAGACUUGUAGAAUCGACAGCAGAGGCACCAUUGUUUGUUGUCGUUGAGUCCUGCUUGUUUGCUUCGAAUGAAACUGUUACAACUUUUCUCUUUAUCAGAUUUUAUAUUGAGCAGAAACGUGGCACAGACCUAGUGGAGCACGACAGACUUGAACAAUUUAAAACAACGAAAGCUGCCAUCUAUCAGUCUGUGACGUGUUUGUGUAUGACACUUUGCCCCACAUCAUCCUUAUUAUUAUGCCAUCGAUAACGCAUCACUCAACCGUAAUAGUUUGCUUGUUGAGGUAUUGAUUGGUGAUUAUCAACAAUUCUACAAUUAAACUAUUAAUAAUGUCACUACCAGCUGAACAAUUAAGCACAAAUGAUACUAACUUGGUCCGAUUUUUGGUUCUGGCAUCGCUUGACAUCACUCUCGGCCAUAUUUUAAAAUAUGUCUACCAGCACAAACUGUUUUUACAGCACAGAAUACAGCACUGAAGUUUGAUUCAGUUUCUUGUUCGACAGAGUCCCAGCUUCCCAGAGCUACAGGAAGAGAAUUAAAAGCUUUUAUCGAGUUUAAUAUUCAACAGUCAGUCAAUAAGCACAAGAUAUUGUAAAAUGUUACUUGAGAUUCAUAUUGGUUUUGGUUUUCCCCUACUCAUUUUGAAUCACUCUUUCUAUUUAAAUAUAAAGCUUUGCUUUUGCAAGGUGUCUUCAUUUAUAAUUGUCAUGUUAUGAAUGUUACUGUUGCUAUGUUAAUGUUAUUGUAGUGCUCAUUGUGUAAUUUAUCAUGGAAAGGAACUUUUUUGCUGACCACUCACACGGCUUGCUGUUCAGCAGGCUGUCGUGCGACUCGGCGAUUUGCUCUCGAGUCUGAGACAAGGUUAUGUAAUCACACAGGGUUCAGCAUCGAUCGCCAAAUCCUCUUUAAUCUGACACGCGACUUGCUGUGUGCGUGCAUGCGUGCGUGUUUAGAAACACAGCCCUCGUGAGCCAGUAAGAGGUCCAUCGUGAAUGAAAUGAUCAACGAUUGUAGCAUCUACAUGCGCUUGCUUUGUUUUUGUGUGUUAACUCCAUUCCUGGUGCACAGUGGGGCUCAAAUAUUCAGCAGUUACACUAAUCCUCCAUGCACUACUUUCCAGAAUUCUUGAGUUAUCGAAAUCCAAUGGCUCCAUCUUUACUGAAACACAGCAGAAGUCUGUUCGAGCACCAGUCAGUGAUGAUUAUUUCAUCAGAGACCCUCGGAGGCGGUAUAACAGCACAAUCUUGCUUUAUUUAUUUUUAUUAAAUUAAAUUAUAACGGGCCAUUUUUCAAUCUUUUUUGUAAAAUUGUGUAAAUGAAGACUAAGUUCAUGGGCCAAACCAAAAAAUGUCCUGCCAGAUUUAGAAAGGUUCACUAAAGUUGAUUUUCCUGAUACUCAUAUAUGUUAGUAAAUACAAAUCAGCUGUGAAUUACUGUCCCGAGUGUCUUCAUUUACAUUAUUGACAUCCACAAAAUUGAUUUGAUUUACCCGUACAUAUAGUCACACCCACGGCUCACAGAGAGACGAGAAAUGACUACCAAACCCCAAGUACACACUACACGACUUUCGAAAUCUCCGAAUCGUAAGCUUUUCAUACUAUACUGCUUGAAUCAGAAGUGCACUCGAUACAAACGCUCUUUCAUUUGGAGGAGACAUCCCACCUGAAAUGCAUCUCAUCCCCAUAUCCCACUUUCUGACCAAAAAAAAAAAGAGCGCAAUUAUGACGGUCAUUAGUUUGUACCGAAAUAAGAGAAAAUGUGGAGGAAAUAUCAGGUUUUUUUUUUUUUUUAAAAGCUGUGUGCCAGAAAGAAUCCUGUGGUGAUUGUUUUUAUUUUUGCCUCUCUUAACAACCUAAUAAUUUGAGUAUGGCAUGCCAAACAGUAAUUUUUAUUUAUGUAUUUAUUUAUUUAUUUAUUUAUUUAUUUUUAAACCAGGGAAAAUAGUGAAAAUAGCAUGCUUACAUUAGGCCCUCGUACUCUUGCAUACCUAGACAGAUGAUAAACCGGAUUCAGGGAUCUGCUGCGCAUGACAUGAGAUACACUUGAUUUCCUUUCAGAGUCUCACUGGCUGUUUUUCAGUGAUGCGCAUGCAACUAGUCGCAGAACGGGUUCACACUACGCAGUUCACACUAUGCUUGAAAAUAUCAGCACUGAAGCGAUUGCUUGCAGACCAAAAAACCGUAGAGCUGGAUGAUCACCACAGGAGCACAGUCGCUGAAAUGAAGGGUGUAGUUGCCAAGCACUGCAAUGAGUGCGUGACUGGAUUGUCAGGGUUAAAAUCAAGUAGUUUGCACACAUUUUAAGUGGUGAAAGAGCUCCUCCAAAGUGCAGCGUGCUCCAAAUCAUCCAAUAGCACAGCUCAGCUCUGCCGUGCAAAGGCAAACUGCAGGAUCUGCAAAAUCUCUGAAGUGAGAUAAAUGGCAUUUUGCCUUGGUUUGACAUGGUACAUUUGCAGUUACUGCGAAUUUCAAACACUCAUAACUCGAAGCUGGAGCACAGUAGAGCCACAGAACUUUCACAUAUAACAGAACAGAUACGGCACCUGAACUUCAUACACAAAACUCAAUUUCAUAAAAUACGCAGAUACUGCAAUUUGCCUUUGCACUGGACAUGCACCAACUCUGUGGCUUUUUAUAGGGCGCCAUUACCUUUAUCCUCAUGUUAUAGCUAGUUUUAUUCCUCUUAAUUUAUGGAUUUGCAUUGGAUCGCUUUCUUGGAUUUCAAUAUGAAAUGCUUAACAAAAUGUUCAUUACGUUGACGCGUGUAAUUGAAAUGGACAAGCGAUUUUAAACUUAACGUAAUCUGUGUAUAAAUUGUAGGAACUCGUCACUAAUUAUACAACCUGAACCCAGUUAAUCAAAUUUCACAUUAGUGACUCACCUUAUGUGUAAGUUUACACAAACUCGCAAGUUCUCCAAGGAUACAAAUGUUUCUUCGAGCAAUUUACGAAUAAAUCAAUUCAUGUCCAGUUUGAUAUGAGGCCCAAUAAGAGUGUAAGCAACAUUGUGCUGUUGUACUGUAGCUUCCUUUCUUCAGUCUCAUCAUUUCAGUUAAGUUUGUGUUCACACCCUUUCAGAAAAGCACUUUAUUUCUGUGAUGGAGCCACGGAUACAUUAAAACACAAAGAUUUUACUGAUUAAACUCAGCAGGGUGAUCGCUAAUCCUGUAGCGUAAGUUAGUUAGGGUUAGUCUAGGGCUGCUGGUUUGCAUAUGGCACACGUUUAGGAUAUUGUAUCAGAGCUCCAUCUGGUCAUAAGUUUAUUCCCCUUGAAUGUCCAUGGGUGGGUUUUAAAGAUUGUUAAACAACUUGUAUACAGUAUCCAGCGGAGUUCAACAGUAUUGCUAUUUUGUUAUAUAGAGGACAGUGUAAAUAUAUUCAGCCGUAUUGGUAUACUGUUCUAGUACAAUGUUGCACGUGUUUGAGUCUUUGAUUGUGAGGUACAAUAAAUUUUAUUGCAAUUUUUUUAUCCAAA